CCUUUACGUUGUUUACAAUUCGCCAUAGAACACAAGAAGAAGUUGCUUAGCAACCUUAGCUUCUAAGCAUGGUACCCAGUAUCAGCAGGGAGUGAGUUAGCACACAGAGUGCAGCACUCCUCUUUGGUUGAUUUAGCUUAGCUACUUUUCUAACGUUAGAACAUAAACAUGUGUAAUAGAUGGAGCGAUAGCGACCGACAACGUUAAUAUACGCUCUCCAUCUGAAACGAAAUGAGUUAAAUAUAACCGUUUUCCGUGAAAACGCGUAAUGCUAACUAAAAUCACAUCAUUGUCAUAUCACGUCACCCUUAUUAAACAAAGGGAUAGCUAUAAAUAUUUACAAUGAAAAGCAUGUGUUAAAUUCUGUAGUGACCGUAAGUUAAAAAGCAAAAGCUGAACACCCUAAAGCACAGGAAGACUUUAGAGCUUGGUCAUCUAGAUUAUCGAGUCUCCACAGUCGGGUUAACAUGAGGAAAUGAGGCAAACCUCUAAAAACCAAAAACAGCACAGACGCACAUGAUGACAUCUGGUACCAGAUCUGCUGUGUGUGCAGUGUGAAAACAUCAGCAUUGUACAACUCGGGUUUCACUCCUUGGUCAGAUGGCGUUCUGCCUGGCUGAGUUGCACUUGUGGUCCACCAAGAGCUCACUCCAAGUCAAAGAUACAGAUAUUGGCACCUAUCAGUACUAUGAUAAAGGAAAGCCAGCCGUUUCCUCAGAACAUCACUACUACAAUGAGAAACUCAAGUUCUGUGAAGCUCGGGGAUAUACAUGGACCCUCAGGAACCACCGGCCAGAGAAGCUACGCGAUUCGUUGAAGGAGUUGGAGGAACUGUUGCAGACCAACACCUGCAUUCACACCAGAUGGAGGAACAAGCAUUGCUGUCAGGUGAUGCUAAGCAGUGGAGUACUGGUAACGCUGAGCCUAAGUGGACCUCAGCUUGAGCAAGUGUGUGUUGAUCGCACAUUAGUGGGCCAGCUACCAGCCAGUACUGUGACUGAUGCGGUGCUGAGUGAUGGGCUGAUUCUGCUGUCCUUCCUGGAGCAGAGCCAACUGGCUGCCGUCUAUCUCAGCAAGAAGAACAAGAACCCUCCAGAGACUGGCAGGCAAACAGACAAACUCUCACCUUCUGAAAUCAAGGUGUCGUGUGUGGAGGUGAGCGGGCAAUGUCAGAGGCUCCACAGACAUGCGGGUCUCAACCGUCUCCAGGAUGUGGCAGUCUGUUGGUGGAACCUGGGUGAGCCCAGUGAGGAGCUGUGGCCCUGGACCCUUAAAGAUACAUACAGGAACAAUCUGGUACUGCUCAGCUGCUCACCUACUGUAGGCCUCAAGGUUGUUAGCUCUGUCCAGACAGAAGGCAGUCUCUUAGACUGCCACUUCAGCCUGCACCAGCCCUACCAGCUGCUAACAGUGGAGCUACCUGCAGGACCCCGAGGAGCUGAAAAGGGGUCCUGGGCUGACUCUUGUGUGUAUGAAUGUGCACGAGGGCGCCUGCACCGCCUGUCUAUCACUCGCAUCCCACUGUCCUCCCACCCUGUUUCCUGUUCACGUCACCCCUCUGAGACCAUGCUCCUCCUGGGUUUAAGUGACUCCUCCUUGGUCCUGUAUGACCAGCGACGGGAGGCCCCUCUUUUUGCCUCCUGCCCUGUGCCACCCACCCUCCUCACCUGGCACCCUGCUGGGUCUGUGGUCAUGGUAGGGGGAGGGCAGGGAGAGCUGAUGUGCUUUGAUGUGGGCUUGGCACCUUUAAGCAUGGCACUGGUAGCGGAGGAGGAAGCUUCAGCUGCUACACUAAGAGUAGAUCAGCACCUGCGCUGCUCUGGAGGCCUGGGGGGACUGCAGUGGGGGACAGGCCUGGACGAAGGCCCAGAGGGAACAGGCAUGCUGAUGUUGGCCUUUCACGGGGGACCACUAGCAGUCUUGCGAUUCAGACUAGGGGCGCUGACUGGGGGCCUGAUGGGUCCAGGGGAGCUGUUGCAGCAGCGGCUGCGCUGUGGCCAGGUCAGAGAAGCGCUGGGCAUCCUGCAGACCAUGGACUGGGGCACCAUGGCAGAUGAAUGCUAUCGAGGUUUGAGCUCCGUCACCAACCACCUGCUGAGGCUAGAGCUGAACGCAGAGAGAGAGGCCCAACUCCAAGCAGCUCUCAGUGUGUUCUAUUCUCCACCUACCCCUCUCUCUGACAUGGUCAUACUGGAGUACAGGGAGCCAGUCAGCAAGUACGCUCGCCGCUUCUUUCACCACCUCCUCAGGCACCAGCGCUUUGAGAAGGCCUUGCUCCUUGCUAUGGAUUUGGAAGCCAGAGAUUUAUUCAUGGACCUCCAUUACGUUGCCAGCGAUAAGGGUGAGGUGGUGCUAGCGGAUGUGGCCAAGAGGAAAGCUGAUGAAAUCGAGGCCCAGGCCAUCACAGGCAACGAAGAUCUUCUGAGAAGCAGAAACGGUGUGUGUGGUUCCAGCCUCGGGGACAGACAGACCGAGAGAAACCAAAGUGCAACAGGACCCUCACAUUCAGGCGCUUUCCCCACACCUAUUGAUGGAAGAGCCAAUCAGAGGAGAUCACGAGCAGAGAACAGCCAUGUGACCGUGAGCCCAGAUGUGUUCAGUGCACUGAGACAAACAGGAGGCGGUGAAGGUGACAGAGACGCUGUGAAUGAAGAAGAUGACCCUGGGAUGCUUCAUGUGGUUUAUUUAGGACUGGUUUGAAAAUGCAUAACAUCACUAACGGGCACAGUUUACUGGCCUACGCACAGAAGACUGUAUGAAUAUCUAAGAACAGUAGAAUAAUACGAGUGUUAUACAUGACUUAGUUUUGGAUCGUCUGUGUUUAGAGAUCUGAGGCUUUUCUUUUUUCAGACCUGUCAUAGACAUUAGUGAAUUUUCAGCCAAGUCACAAAUGCUGGACAGCUCUAUGGAUGUGAAUUCAGGUUAUUUCAGGUCUUAUUGAAGUCUAAACCAAAUUAACCUGAACAGAAAACAGUUACACUGAGUUCUUCCUUUUAAAAAGCAUGACAGGAAAUGUUUUAAACCAUGCCAUUAAUCAGCCUGAAAUAAUAAAUUCUCCUAUUAUACUUCCAUCACUACUGAUAUUAAAAUGUUCCAGGCUUCCUCUGUGUGUGA